UUAACCACAAAACUCCUCAGAACCAAAGUAGAAGCAUGUCUGAGAUCUCAAUUUGCAGUAGCUUCCUUACUUGAGCUUUUAGCUCCAAAGCAUUGGUAUUGAAUCGAAACUCCAACGGCCAAAAAUGAAAGUUGGAAGACUAGCCCCAAUCAGGCCGUCCACGUUGCUACCUUCCCAAACCCACAAAGCUUUCCCGCCAACACAAUCCCACCCAGGUCAUCCAGACACCACUCUCUCCUCUACUCUCCAGAGCUACAUCAACUCAGACAACCCUUUUCCGGGCCAAACGAUCCACGCCCAUAUUCUCAAAUCCGGGUUCCGACCCAAUACGAAUGUCUCCAUCAAGCUCCUCAUCCUCCACUUAAAAUCUGGGUCGUUGAAGUACGCACGCCAAAUGUUCGAUGAAUUGCCUGUGAGAACUCUCUCGUCGUAUAAUUACUUAAUCAGUGGAAACCUCAAACACGGCGAAGUAGAGGAGUCGCUGCGUUUGGUUCGGAGGAUGGUUUUGUCUGGGGAAAGGCCUGAUGGGUACACGUUUUCGAUGAUUUUGAAAGCGUCGACUUGUAAUGGUAAUGCUGCAUUGCCGCGGAGUUUGGGGAGAAUGGUGCAUGGGCAGAUUAUCAAAUCGGAUGUUAAGGGUGAUGACGUGCUUUAUACGGCGCUUGUUGCGUCUUAUAAUAAGAAUGGGCGAGUGGCGUAUGCGAGGAAGGUGUUUGAUAUGAUGUUGGGAAAGAAUGUUGUGUGUUCAACGUCGAUGAUUUCAGGGUACAUGAGUCAAGGAUCUGUGGAAGAUGCCGAAGAUAUAUUCUGGAGAACGGUUGAGAAAGAUGUUGUGGUGUUUAAUGCGAUGAUUGAAGGUUACAGCAAAUCGUUUGGUUUGGCUAAGAAAUCAAUUGAGGUUUAUAUUGAUAUGCAGCGGUUGAAUUUCCAGCCUAAUAUCUCUACAUUUGCUAGUCUUAUUGGGGCGUGCUCGGCGCUGGCUGCAUUUGAAAUUGGUCAACAGGUCCAGUGUCAGCUAAUGAAAACUAACUUAUUUGUCGACAUAAAGAUGGGAAGUGCUCUUCUAGAUAUGUACUCGAAAUGUGGAAGAGUUGAGGAUGCACGGAGGAUUUUCGACCACAUGCCUCAAAGAAAUGUGUUUUCGUGGACUUCGAUGAUUGAUGGUUAUGGAAAGAAUGGAUAUCCCGAUGAAGCACUUGAGCUCUUCAGUGUAAUGCAGAAGAAAUACCAAAUCAAACCCAAUUUCGUGACAUUCCUCAGUGCGCUCUCAGCUUGUGGACAUGCUGGGCUGGUUGAUAAGGGCUUUGAGAUCUUUGAAAGCAUGAAGAGAGACUACUUAAUAAAACCAACAAUGGAGCAUUAUACUUGUAUGGUUGAUCUCUUGGGACGUGCUGGACGUUUGCGUCAGGCAUGGGAUUUUGCAAAGGGUAUGCCUGAGAAGCCCAAUUCGGAUGUUUGGACAGCGCUUCUCAGUUCAAGUACAGUACAUGGUGAUGUUGAGAUGGCAAGGCUAGCUUCGAAUGAACUUUUUAAGCUGAAUCCUGACAGUCGGCCAGGGGCAUAUGUUUCAUUCUCUAACAACUUGGCAGCUGCUGGUAAUUGGGACAGUGUAAGUGAGCUUAGAGAGAAAAUGAAGGUGAGAAAGAUAUCUAAAGAAAUUGGAUGGAGUUUGGUUGGUACAGAUGAUAAUUGAUGAAUUCUGA